GUUACAAAAAGUCGGCCCGUUCCCGAACGGCUCGUGCAGUGAUAAUCGAGGUGACCGAUCGGGUGCACGCAGAACACCGAUUUCUUGUUUCGCCCUACAGACCCGGCAUUGCUUCAAGCGCAAGGGUUAACGAGAGUAUAAAAAAGCUGCCGCUGUUUGCCAAAAACUGUGCCGCUAGAGACUGCAGCAGUGCAUCAAGCUAAUUAACAUGAAACCUUCGAUAACCUUUUUCUGUGUGCUGGGAUUGGAGUUGCUGCUGCUGGCCAGUGUCACGCAUGCCCACACAGAAGGGAAGGCCAGUGCGCAGGAUUCGAUUGAGGUGCCGCUUGUCAUUGCCAAGGAUAAAUCGAAGCCCGACCAGCAGCAUCCACCGUCGGACGAGGCUAAAACGGACGAGCGCGCCGGAAAAAGCGUAGUUGUGAACUGGAAGCUGGCCUGCAAACAGCUCUGCAGUGCAGGGCUGGGCGGUCCCAGCUGCGGGUCAACAUGGCUACGCACCAGCACUUCCAACUCACCCGACCUGCCCGUGGAUAAGGACACCCUGGCUGGGGUGUGUCCUGCGCUGUGUGCCAAUGGGUUAGGUGUUUCGAAAUGUAGCUGCAAAAGUUACAAGCCGAAGGUACAGUUCAACCAAAACCUCAUCUGCGAGGCGUUCUGUACCGUGGCCAACGUGCAGCUAGCCGGAUGCAGCAGCUGCGAAGGAACGGUCGACCCCAGCCAGGGCACGCUCGGAGCGAUGGGAGCGUACGAAACGACGACGCCCAACUGGGACGAGCUGUGUUCGAUGUUUUGCAAGAUGGGCGACGGCGGGACACUGUGCAACUGUGAUUUGCCACCGUUCUUCUAGAUCCCGGGCGGGGCAAAUCACGCCGAAAUAUGAUUUCGUUCAAAAUACACAAACAUUCCGUUUUCCUAUACACACACACAGUACAAACCCAAAACAAAAGAGACCUCUUUUAAUUUUCUUCCUUUAACGAGAGCGAUAAUGCUCGAACGCGGAUAGACGGUCGGAACGGAUGCAUCAGUGAGCAUGCGAAACAUUAUCAUUACAUAUCGUGAGCUUGUGGUGCAGGUGUGGGUCACACCCCACCGGCAAGCUCGCACACACGUUCCUGCUUGUUUGAGUUCCUUGCGUCUGCUGUCUGAUUUUAAACGACUAGGAUAAGGUACCGUUUGGAGCGGGAUAACUUCACCCGAAACCAUGAAAAAAUGACAAAUAUCACUCGAAAAGGGCUUCCAGGCGAAUGAGUGGGAGAUGAAAACCAAAAACAAAACAAAAACCGGACAUGGUCAGCCAUGUCCAAGCGAACGUAGUAAAGUGUAGCGGUCCGUCAAGAUGGGUCAGACCACCCUAGCGUGUACAUGUCUUGAUCUAGUUAGGCAUUUUUGUGUUACAAAGUUUUAGUCCCUUUUUUUCCGGCGCGCCAUCAGCGACCGAAGCUGUACACGCCCCGGAGGUAGCAACAAGCAAGAAAAGCGUCACGGCGUACCACGGGCCACCGUUGCCCCACUGGCGUCUGCCUGACGUUGACUUCCCUUCCAUGUGUCAAUUUGUUUAGGAUUAAUUCUCUUACGAAACCUGCUUUCGAGCGCUGCCAGGAUGCAGCGGAACCAUUUUGAUUACGAUUACGAGCACGUUAGUCAUCUCUGUUCAGAGCUGUGCUGAAGCUUACGGUUUCCCAGUUUUUGAAACUCAACACCCCCGUUUCCCCCUUUCCUGUCAUCCCGUUUUAUCCACACAAAACAAAAUCCCCAUACAAAGAAAAGCGCGAUCAUCGGAAGUAGAGAUCAUCUCAUAUCAUCAUUGAGUAAAACAAAAUCAUUGGAAGAAGAAGGAGAAAUCAUACAAAAAGUUUGACAAUUUCUUUAAAAAAAAAAAUCUUACGAAAGCACGCAAACUACAGAAUUGCAGAAAAUGCUGUGAAAGACAAUAAUAAAUACCAAAUAAACCAUUUGGCAUGAGAGAGUGUGGUGGGAGAUUUGAACAAAAAAAAAACACAGUAAAUGCAUUAAACAAAAACCCAACUUUACAAUUAUGGCUAAAUUAAAUUGAAAAACAAAAACAAAUAUACACACACGCACACAAAAAUAACAAACUUACACUAAAACGCUUUAACUGGAUAUCUAAAUGUUGUAAAUGUUUCCCUUAUUCCGUGCCCGUGAUACAUACAAACUCGCAAAGAGUAUAUUGUGUGAAACUGCGCUUUGUUUGGUCGUCAGCGGGUUGCACAGAAGCGUAAAGCAUUCAAUCUCGAUCUCGUUCUCAUCAGACAGUAUCUGGAGGAUACUGGCGAAAAAACAAAAAACAGGCAAACUACCAACAGAGCCGGGUGCCGAUUUCGCGCAACUGAAAAUGUGUUUUGGUGUACAUUAUUCUAAUCCGAUAGGAGCAUUCGAUGUACGCAACAAUACCAGCCUAUGUGUAUUACAUUAGACAAAGCAAACCGCCCGCUACGGCAAACGGUCACAAAAUGUUCGUUCUGUGGGUUUCAGAUAACAGCAAAACCCUUUGAGCCGUUUCGUAGCAUCGGGUAUUGGUGUAGGCAAUGUUUAAAUAAAUGUUUACACUGACUAACUUA